AUGGAUACCAUAAUGAUGGCACCCCCGAAAGACUGUUCCGUAUACGUGAGAAGAAUGCACGAGAAGAACAUUUCGCCGAUGCCAUUUAUCGGCCUUUACGUAGCAGCCGCCUCUACCCUCUGCUCCAUUGCAAUGCUCUUAAACUCAAACGUAGCCUUCUACAACUCCCUUAGCGAUCUCAAUCUCCACUUGUCUGGCAACUUCUUCGCUCUCAAUGCAACUUGGUUAACACUAUUAGCCGUGGCCACAAAGCUCACAGCCGAUCUCACAACUCCCAUGUUGUCUUUCGAAGAUAACCUGACCAAAAUCAGUGGCACCGUUUUCUUCGUUCUGGCCAUGGGCAAUGCUUUCACCUCCUUGGGCUCUAAGAACGACAAAGAUAUUCUGAACAAUAUCACGGCUUUGAGCAUAUUGGUCAUCACCUCCCUUGUGGAUUUAUGCAUCCAACUAAGCACCGGCGCACUUGACUUCUGGUUAUUCCCAGAAAUCAUCUACGCCAUUGUUUUCUUGUGCUUCAUGAUCAUAACACUUGUGUGCUCGGCUCUAGCGGUUCCAGCAAUCAAGAAACGCGCAGAUUCCAAGUAUCAGAAGUUGGGGAAACAGAUGGAAUCUGGGCAACAACGCCAUCCCCAUACGGUUGAAGAGCUAAGAUUGAGCAUUUCAAAGUAUUGGGUCAUGGCAGUCUCUGGGAGCCCAAGAUUUCUUAUGGAAAGGUUGGUGACCUUCGUUUUCAUGAGCAUCAUUUGCAUGUUUUCUUCCCUAGUUUCAUUUCUAGGGCUUCGAAGAUACGCAUACAAGUUUUGUGAUAAGCUAUCUGAUUAUAAGUGGUCGGUGUAUUUGAUAUUGCUUUCUCAAUAUUUCGCUGCACUACAGUCUCUCACCGUAGUUAUAAUCCUCUUGAUUGGUGUGGUGGGUUAUAAGUACGAGGAUAAUGGGAUCAAAAUCAGUAUAGAAGAAUUCACAAUCGAAUCCUAUUGGACUGAAAAAUUGGUUGAAUGGAGACAUAGUCCAAUACCUAUGAGAUUUAAGAGACGCGCAGUCAGAAAACUUCUCCACAACGUGAAAGCCUUGGUCUUGACUUUGUUCAUACAACUUCAAUCUGCAAUUAUCAUCUGGUGCAAGUUCUGUUAUGUUCUCGCCUUUUAUACCAUGCUCCCAUUAGCAUUUUUAGUUAAUCUUUUAGGUAGGCUAGUUAAUCAUUAUUUAGGCAACUUUUUCUACAAAAAUGAAGUUUCAAAUGAUCCGGCGGGAAUACUAGAGAUACAUCUCAACAGCUUUGUGAUACUACUCGAAGGAGAAAAACAACUUCCAAAAGAACUUUUGAGAAAGAUUAUUAGUAAGGGGAAUAAAAAUGUUGGGAUGGGUAGGAUGCAACGCCCACAAAAUCUAAUUAAUCUUCUCCAUCAAAGUUUCUCUUUUAGCGGGGUAGUAGAAUUCGAUAGCAAUCUAGUUCCAAGUCUAUUAUCUAGUGAAGAACCUCCGAACUGUUGGACACUUCCAGUUGUAACACUAGCAAGUAUUAUCAUUGCACUUCCAAACAUCGCAAGUCAGCAUGUUGAUUGGUUGGUAAGCAGUGUUGAUGAAGGCCUCCGCUAUGCAAGCCUUAUAGAUGUCUUGGAUGACAAGUGUGGGUCGAAAAACAUUAAAAAUGCAGCAGAUGUUGUGUGGGUGGGAGUUGAGCUUCAUAAGAAGUGGUUUGACAUAGAUCUUGGGAGACUAUCUAGGGAAGUAAAUUCUGCAAAGGAGAUUAUUCAAGUUCUUGCUAAUGAAGCUGAAAAGACUGUUAUGAAGUUUAGCUCUAUAGAAAACAAAAUUCUAGUAGAAAAUCCUCUAUUCUGGCCUGCAAAUGUUUUAGCUGCUAACUCAAUGUAUAGAAUUAGCCGAACCAUUCUAUUAUCGCAUCAAAAUGUUGAGUAUGAAGCUGAAGAUUUGUUUAAGAAGUUAAGUUGCACAAUUGCAGACAUACUGGUAGCUUGUCUUAUCAAUUUGCCUCACUUGAUAGCUACCAAGUACAAAUGCAAUACCAUUGAAGAAAGAGAGAACAACGUUCGUGAUGCAGCUAUCCUUCUUGGAGAAACUGAAGAUAUUUUAAGGCAUUUUGAGGAGUGUCAGCUUUCAAGUCCUAGUCAACCAUUAUUCAUUGACGAAUGGCGUCGAUGGAUGGAGAGAGAAGAUCCAACAGUUUCCGCUUCAGCAACAAGCAAUGAGGAUGUAGUUGUUCAAGUGUAUCUUUGA